AUGUGGCUGGAUGUAAAAAUCGUACAUGGAAAGGCAAGACAUAGCCAAAAUCAAGGAUCAGUGGAGCCUACUAAUCAAGACAUAGAAAAUAUAUUGAGCACAUGGAUGGAAACCAAUCAGUUAUCAAAGUGGUCAGAGGGUUUAAGAUCCAUCCAGGCAAUGAAAAAUAGAGCAUAUCACAAGAGAAUCAAAUGUCUCCCCUACGAAGCAAUGUUUGGUUGUCCAAUGAAAAUGGGCCUUGCAACUUUAGCAAUCCCUAGUGAUAUGAUUAAUGUUAUAAGAUUUGAAAAAUAUUUAGAGAAGUUGUUGCAUUCGUGUGACAAUGCGGAACAAAAUAAUGACAUUGAAAAUGCAAUCGAACAAGACAAGGAAGGAAACAUCGUUGAAAAUGAGACAGAAGGGGAUAAUUAUAGACAAUUGAACUGUCAACGAUAA